UUAAUUUCUGUUAGGAGUUUAUUCAGUUUACUUCAAUUUAUUUUUAAAGAGCGCUCUUCUCACAAAGUAAUAGAUACUAAGUGUUGAACAAUGGAUCAGAGGCAUAAUACAAAUAAAAGGCUGAAUAUAGAUUAAAUUACUAUAAUAACUUUGUAAUUAUUAAAGAAAGUAAGCCAAAUGGCCACGCAGGAAGGGAGAAAAACGAACUCUGGGUCCAAAUACUACUAGUGACCCCCGCAUUGUACAUUUAAAAUACUUUUAAUAGUAAGUUCAUAGCUAUUUAUAACAUUAUUGCUAUCUGCUAAUAAGUUGAGGUAGUAAGUUAACUAACGUAAACAUUUUAGGCUAUGUGGGAAAACAUACGGCAGACUGAACUUUGAACGUGGUGUUUAAGAUCAUUUUGUUUAUCGUCUCUGCAUGCGACCAUACGAGUGUGAACAGGCGCAUGUCGAUGACGUACUUCCGAGGCGCGGAACAGAGGCGGGCUGCUUUUGAAAUUCCUGAAAGGCCUCUGACGACGACGGGACACGGAGACAUUUUCAGGAGUGGGCAGUAUUUAAUGCUCAACGUUCUUAGCCGAAAAAAAUGAAUCCGUGGGACCUUGUGCCCUACACGGUGACACCUGCUGCCCAGGUGCUGGCCAGAUGUAUUGCCUCAGGUGUUCUAUCCCAGGAACAUUUGGAAGCAGUUCCUAGAGAAUCCAAUGUGUUUUCUCAACAACUUCUUGUGUCUGAACAAGUUAUAGCUGUGGAGAGGGAGAAUGACAAGAAAAACCUGGAGGUGGAUUUGUUGAAGCUAGAGAAAAGGUGUGCAGAUGUCACUCACAGCUUCUAUCUGAGUCAGAAGUUCACAGCUCUGCAGGAGUCUGCUCGUCACCUCCAGGAGAUAUUGCGGGAGCAAACAAGCUUGCGUCAGAGGCUCAUGAAGCCACUGUGCCAGGAGAAUCUACCUAUUGAGGCCAACCUGCAGAGGUAUGUGGUUGAGCUCAUGGAUAUGGUAGUAGACUUCGUUGAGAAUUUGGAGAGGAAGAUGAAAGCCACCCAUUCCAUCCCCAUCAUCAGCCAGUCUAUGACCAAUCUGUCUCAUUCUCUGACCCAACUUCUGACCCAGGUGGCAGAUGUGGAGGAGCUGUCUAGACAAGUUUUACAGUGGAAGGACUACCAACACAAUAUAAUCUCAAAUAAUAACAAAUUUGACUGAAACAGGGGAAGAUUUUCUAGUUCACUUUUUCUCCCUAAAUACAUGUUGCUUUUAAAUACAACAGUGAAUGUUUUCCAUAUGUGGUUUUUUCCCCCAAAAUCUCUUCAAAGGUGAAUAUUUCAAUACAUUUGUCAUUUUUGGCCAAAAAUAGUUUAUUUCCUGGAAAGGACACCCAUUACUUUUUCUUAGCCAUUGUUCAAAAUUUGAUGUUUCCACACAGAGACAGAGUGUAGUGAACUAAUUUUGUCAAGUUAUCCUUAACAUCCAAUUGAUCAGUUAACAUUCUUCAUUGUACAAAUUUCAUCAAACCGUUAAACUGAGUAGGUUUCUCAGCAAUUUUGAUCCAGUACCUUUCAAGAUGGAAAAAGCUCUUAAGUUUUACAGAGAUUGCUGGAGCAAGUGUCCUCAAUCCUGUUAGCAGCACCAUUUUUGUUAUGUACAACCUCUGCAUCUCUGGGGAAGGAAACAGCUCUACAGCUGAAGCAAGUAUCUUUAAAAAGCUGAGAUAUAAAAGGAGUGUUUCUGUUCAGUAUGGACAGAACUGUAUGACACCAUAGUUUUCUUUACUAUAAUUAUGUGAAGUUCAUUUUUUGUAUUUUUGCUUAUUAUUUAAUAAAGUCAGUAUCAACAGUCUGUGCAGUACUCAGCACAUUGCCACGUGCAAUGACCUCAGCAUCAUGAAGGACUUCUCUGCCCACACCCCUUUGAGUGCAGAACAGAGAGCCACCUUCUUGGAUUCGUCAACAGGAUUCACAAGUAUGAAGGGGAGAGGGUGGCAGCAUAAGUGGAGUGUUUUAGAUAGAAGACAUAGUUGGGAAGUUGAUUGUUGUCAUUUCCCACCUUAGGAAGGUAAUGCAUUUCUGAAAAACUCCUCAUAUUGCGAACUCUCAAUUUGAAAACAUAAUUAAGAUUCAAUGCUGAAAGCUUUUAUAUGUUCCAGAGCUCUAGAAGUGAAACUCAUUUAGGCUAAAAUGUCAAAUACUAUUAAAAUGGACAAAAAUAUUAACUAUUAAAUAUCAUAAUACAACAUAACAUAGCAGAUUCUCUCGUUAAUAUCACUUAAUAUUGUCUGGCUGUCUUCCUGCAAGCGCAGGAAGCGUUCAGCUCAUUUGUAGUCGUGUACCAUACACCUAACAAAUGCUGACAAACAAAAUAUAUGUACAGCACAGCACAGGGCCAAAAUAAUGUACAGAUACACAGUAUA